CUGGUGUUUGUGCUGUCAAGCCUCCUACACUCUCUGUAUUUGUAUUUGUUAUUGUGUCAAAAAUGCCCGUCGUUGCUGGUCCUCCUCAAGGGCAUGGCCCCUCCACGUUCGAGAAGAUGAAGAUGGGUGCUUUGAUGGGCUCCACUGUGGGAGGUAUCAUGGGCUUCAUCAUCGGAACUGUAACCGUCUUCCAAUAUGGUGCCGGACCUAACGGUGUCAUGCGCACCCUGGGUAAAUACAUGUUGGGUUCUGGUGCUACUUUCGGACUCUUCAUGUCCAUCGGCAGCGUCAUUCGUACCGAAGGUCCUCAUAACGAUGCCUGGCUCCGUGCCCGCGGUCCCCCCAUGAUGCUCCCCCGCCAGAGCCCUCUGCGCCCCAUGCGCGAGUAAGCGCUUUAUGAGAUGAUGGGAUCAUCAAAUUGGAGAUGUGGGCUUCGCGGAACGGAAGGGAAACUGUACGAUAGCAUAUCCUGGAUCAUGGAACAAUGGUUGGGGAGUUAAUCACCGAGGCAUCAAGACGAAGCAAAGCAGUGGUGACUGUAUAAUGUACAUAGGAGCUGCCCUUAGUCACCCGAUGCGAUGCAACGUAUCUGGGCGUCGUAACAAGGAUCCAUUGGGUUAAUCGUUAAUGGAUAUCAUGAAUGAUGAGCAGUCAUCCAUCAGAGUACAAUCGCUAAUAUUGAUGUGCGAACAAUCGCAGUGUUCAAGCGCAUGGAGUCAGGAUCAAUGAAUGGCAUCGGAAAACAAUUUGAUUAUGAAAAUCCUCACCAGCGCCAUUUUGCUAGUCACAAAGCCGAAAACCAG